AUGCCCUCGCUUGCCUUCGCCCACACUGGGAAAUGGCAACUGAGCGAGGGAUUAGUCAUCACCGCAUCUCAUUUCCGCGCUAAGCGAACUUUGAAUCGAUACACGGAAGGAACUGAAUAUUCCGACUACAUCGACAACCACGACAACCACCAUCGACGGUAUCAGGAUUUCGUCAAGAUGGUCAACCUCACUACCCAGAAGCGCCUCGCGGCGUCCGUCGUGGGCUGCGGACAGCGCAAGAUCUGGCUCGAUCCCAAUGAGACCAGCGAGAUCUCCAAUGCCAACUCUCGCCAAACCAUCCGAAAGCUCGUGGCUGAUGGCCUCAUCAUCCGCAAGCCCGUCACCAUGCACUCCCGAUCUCGUGCCCGCGAACUUACAGCCGCCCGAAGAAUUGGACGACACCGUGGUUUCGGUAAGAGGAAGGGUACCGCGAAUGCUCGUAUGCCAAGGGAAGUUGUUUGGAUGCGCCGUCAACGUGUCCUCCGCCGUCUUCUAGUCAAGUACCGUGCCAGCGGCAAGAUCGACAAGCACCUCUACCACGAGCUCUACCUCCUCAGCAAGGGUAACACCUUCAAGCACAAGCGGGCGUUAGUUGAGCAUAUUCACAAGGCCAAGGCUGAGAAGGCCCGCGAGAGAGUCAUGAAGGAGGAGAUGGACGGCAGACGUGCGAAGACCAAGGCUGCCCGCGAGAGAAAGCAGGAGAGAGCGAUUGCCAAGCAACGUGCACAAUUCGGAGAGGACGAGACCGAGACAAAGUAA